ACCACUCCUUUCCCUAUCUCCAUUUUCUAAACUUCAAAAAAAAAAAUCAUCUUCCCAUGGCAGCUGGAACAUUGAAUUCUCGUCCGAAAUUCGACCUUCCUUUCUCGCUGCUCCCAUGCCUCUUCUUCUUCCUCGGAUUCACUCAAGCUCAACAAGGCUAUGUAAACAACCAGCAACUCGCCUGUGAAGACCCAAGCAAGGACAACAACAUAACCAGAGGCUUCUCAUGUAACGGCGACCAGAUAUCAUGUCUGUCCUACAUCACAUUCCGGUCUGAGCCACCUUUUUACACCACACCCGUCUCCAUAGCCUACCUGUUAGGAGCCGAAGCAACCCAGAUUUCCUCUCAAAACAACCUUUCAGCCGAUGUUUCAUCGGUCACCCCCAAGUCAAUGGUGGUUGUUCCGGUCAACUGUUCCUGUUUCAGCACCAAAAACGCCAGCUUUUACCAGCAUAAUGCCUCUUACACCAUCAAGUUUACUACUGAAACUUACUUUUCGAUUUCUAAUGAUACUUAUCAGGGCCUUACGACUUGUCAGGCGAUGAAAGCUCAAAACCCCAUUGAUUAUAGGGAUCUUAAAGUGGGUGAAAAGCUUGUGGUUCCCGUUAGAUGUGCUUGUCCUACUCAGAAUCAGACUCGAGCAGGUGCAAAAUACUUGCUUUCUUAUAUUGUUACUUGGGGUGAUUCCAUUUCUUCUAUUGCUGAGACUUUUGGUGUUGAGGUGAAGAGUAUAUUGGAGGCUAAUGAAUUGUCUGAGACUGAUAUAAUAUUCCCAUUUACACCCAUUUUGGUUCCACUUGAAAAAGAGCCUGCCAGGAUUGAACUUCCUCAAAGCUCCCCUCCACCUCCAGGCCUUGCUCCUCAAAUACCAACUUCGCCUGUUGGAGAAUCUGCUUCUAAGUCUUCCAAGAAAUGGGUUUUCAUUGGUGUUGGAAUUGGAGUUGGUUUACUUCUUCUCCUUGGUCUUGCAGGGUUCUUGUUUUGUUUCUUCAAACAUCAAAGGAAAGCUCACAAGGCCAGUCCAAUAGUUUCUUCACCGCCAUCCGAUCUUAAACAAUUGCCGGAUUCAACCAAUUACACUCCAAACUCCUGGUCUGUUUCGAUAUCGUCCCAAGGUGUUCGUUACGCAAUCGAGUCCUUGACUCGGUAUAAGUUCGAGGACUUGGAAGCUGCUACUGAUGAUUUCAGUGAAUCCAACAGAAUCAAAGGUUCGGUUUUUCGAGGUUCUUUCCAGGGUGACGAUGCUGCUGUGAAAGUAAUGAAAGGAGAUGUUUCUUCAGAGAUCAAUUUGUUGAAGAAGAUCAAUCACAGCAACAUUAUAAGGCUUUCGGGUUUUUGUUUACAUGAAGGAAACACUUACCUUGUCUAUGAGUAUGCAGAUAAAGGUUCGUUAAGGGAUUGGCUUCACUCCAACAAGUUUCAAACUUCAUUUACUCUUUCUUGGAAGCAAAGAGUACAGAUUGUAUAUGAUGUAGCUGAUGCACUCAACUAUUUGCAUAACUACGUAAAUCCUCCAUAUAUUCAUAAGAAUUUGAAGACCAGUAACAUUCUGUUGGAUGCUAACUUUAGAGCCAAAGUUGCCAACUUUGGGUUGGCAAGAACUGUUGAGGACAAUGAUGAUGGUGGAUUGCAGUUGACAAGGCAUGUGGUUGGGACUAAAGGCUAUAUGGCUCCCGAGUACAUCGAAAAUGGUGUCGUCACGCCUAAGCUCGAUGUUUUUGCAUUCGGGGUUAUUAUAUCGGAACUUUUAUCCGGGAAAAAUGCCGACAUUGCCGAUAAGAUCGGUGGAGGCAAAGAGCUGUUAUCUGCAUCUAUCAAAGAAGUGCUUGAGGGGGAUAAUGUGAGAGAGAAGCUCAAGAACUUCAUUGAUCCUUCUCUUAGGCCUGAAUAUCCCCUGGAUUUGGCUUUCUCCAUGGCUGAACUGGCUAAAAUGUGUGUUGCUCACGAUCUCAACGCUCGUCCUUCCAUUUCCGAAGUUCUGGUAACCUCAUCGAAGAUUCUAUCUUCUUCAUUGGAUUGGGAUCCUUCUUACGAGUUCGAUCGAUCCACAUCUCUAACAAGUGCCAGGUAGUGAGAUGCUAGUACAUGGAUCAAAUGUUCAAGUACCAUAAGAAUAAGGGAACGUGGUCACAUUUUUCCUACCAUAGUAUAAAUUAAGAGUUUUCUUAUGAUCAUAAUGUUGUAUAUUUCUCCGCAAAAUAAUAAUAAUUUGUCUACAACUUCAUUUA